GGUACCGCCUAUUUCAUCCUGUAUUGCAUGAAAUUUGUGCAUGUAGAGAGCAACUUGAACAAUGGAAGAGCUGCCACCGCUUCAGACACCCAGAAGCGACAGCACGAGCUCGCUGACUACUCUUCCCAACGAAAUACUACUCGAUGUCUUUUCGCAUGUCGAUUUGCACCGAUCCAUUCGUGUAUUGGGCUACAUUCCAGAUGAUCCCCCUCCAAGCUCUCCAGACGAUUAUCUCAUUUCCGAUUUUCGGGCUAAUUCUCGCUCGCUGCUUAACAUUGCGUUGACGUGUAAGAGGUUCACGGUUCUGGCUCGCGAAGUCCUGCUUUCUUCGCUCGUGCUUGAGGUCAGCUUCCCAGAAACAUUGAAAGCGCUUUCCAACUCGGACAUCUACGGCCUGAUCUGGAGAUUACAAGCACGACCGGAAUGGAAACGACAUAUAAAGCAGCUGAGAUUAUGCUUACCAUCGGAAGAUCGCGGUAUCAUGAGUUUUAGUGGUCCGGGUCCAGUAGAGCCUCACGUAAACUAUCUCGUGUACGAGAAGGCAUGUGAGAUUGUCGCUUCCCUCGACCUACCUGCUUGGUGGAAGACACAGAAAACUGCGAACCUUAAAGAAACAUUCGCACAUGCUUCAGCUUCCGUGCUCUUAGCCCUGCUACCAAAUAUUGCGACCUUAUGCAUAUUCGACCCAGAGUCAAAUCUCAAUCUUGUUGAGACGGAUUUUCAAGAGCCGCACCGCUUUAGCGGCAGGGAAAGAUUUUCUCUAAGGCUACCGACCGCACAUGUGCUAUCCUAUGUGAAGUACGAAAGCCCCUUACCGCCGUUAUUGGGAGACUUGGGGCACUAUCCCAACCUGCACACCCUCGAUUUGAGCAUCAGACUCCAAGGCCAGAUACACUCGCAAAUCCGCAGGGAAUCCGAGCGCUACCUCAGCAGCCGACGCGCACAGCCAACCAUCCGACAUCUACGUCUAGACUUCGAGGUCAGAACCGUCGGCGUAUGGAAUACCACCUCGAGAGCAUGUAUGACAAACGUUCUCCGCGCUUUUCCCAAUCUUCAAACACUAGAAUACUAUGCGGAAUCAUCGGAUAGCAAGAAUCCUUAUUCAAGUGUCCGUGCCUUUCCUGCUUAUCAGGCAAACAUCCAAUACUACCCGACUACAUCAUCUGCCUUUGAAGACAAUGUUUACGCGGAAGAACAGCACUGGGAUCGGACGAUAUACGAUGCGCGAAGCGAAGUCACCGACUACCAGAAUCUUGUGGACGGCAUGGUACACUUGCGGCCAAAUCUGCAAACCUUACAGCUACCAGGCGGCUUCUGGACACUACCAGGUGCGAUGCGCAAACCACUGCCGCGAUUCGACCAAUUUGCGCAACUUAAGAAACUGGUCAUUCCUCAAGCAGCACUCAUAUCAAUCAAGCUUGACAACAUGCGCUUUGACGCCGUCUUUGAAGGCGAUUUCGAACUUUCACCGACGCAAGCUCUUCCGAUCUCCUUGCAACACCUCAAAGUUUUUGAUGUUGACCUGGCAUUCUUGGAAAGCAGGUGGCUGCAAGAUCUCUUUGACGCACAGAAAGCCAUGAACCAUUGGCCGUGGUUGCAGUGUGUGAAGAUCCUAAUGGGGCCUACGGUCACGGGGUUGUGUCUUGAGGAGUUGAAGGGUAGACGAAGCAAUGCGGAGUUUUGGGAGUUGGUAGAUGACGCGAAUUUUGAAGUGAUUGUCGGAAGGGAUGAGGAAGGACCGGAUGCGUGAGGCUCAUGACUGUCAUGUAGGAGGCAGGCAUAUGUUUACUUUAGCUUGUGGCUGUCUGAAUAGAAUUAAGUAUACA